CUGUAACAAGAAAUUUGCACGAAUCAUAUUUAGGCGUAAAAUGGCAGAUGAGAAAAAAACUCAAGAUUGGAAUAAUCCGACUAACAAAGGGAGUAAUAAAAAAAAUGAAAUUGUUAUAUCGGGAAUAUCAGGCAAGUUUCCGGAAAGUAGUAAUAUCGCCGAGUUUAAGUACAACUUGCUGAAUGGCAUCGAUAUGGUCACAAAUAAUCCCAGGCGCUGGGAAGCAGGAAUUUAUGGUUUGCCCGAACGAAUGGCCAAAAUGAAGGACGAAGAUCUGGAAAAGUUUGAUGAUAAGUUUUUUAGCGUGCACCAAAAGCAGGCAGAAUUGAUGGACCCCUGCAUGCGAAUGCUUUUAGAGUUGACACACGAAGCCAUCAUUGAUGCGGGAAUAAAUCCGACCCAUCUGCGUGGUACUCGUACCGGUGUAUACAUAGGUCUAUCGUUCGUGGAGACCGAACAUGAGAUACCCAAUAUGGAGCCUAGCACUAUUAACGGCUACUGCCUAACUGGCUGUGCGCGAGCCAUGUUCGCCAAUCGCAUAUCCUACACUUUUGACUUCAAGGGUCCCAGCUUCAUUGUGGACACAGCUUGCUCCAGCUCGCUUGUGGCUCUCUCACAUGCUUAUACAGACAUGCGUGAAGGUCGCUGCGACUAUGCCCUGGUUGCUGGAGUCAACCUCAUAUUGAAGCCCAUAUUUGCUCUGCAAUUCCUGCGUUUGGGCAUCGUGAGCCAUGACGGUGCGUGCAAGACCUUCGAUAAGGCUGCCAAUGGCUACGCUCGAGCAGACACUUGUGCCAUGGUAUUUUUGCAAUAUGCUGACCAGGCCAAACGCUGCUAUUGCUCUGUUCUGAAUGUUCGCAUCAAUACUGAUGGUUUCAAGGAACAGGGUGUAACAUUUCCCGAUGGUCGCAUGCAGCAGCAGUUGCUGAAGGAAACCUAUAGCGAAAUUGACCUUAAUCCAGAUGACGUUGUUUAUGUUGAGGCUCACGGCAGCGGCACUCCUGUGGGUGACGAUCAAGAAGCUAACAUGUUGAGCAACUUCUUUUGUCGUUCCUCUCGGUCUACACCCUUACUGAUUGGAUCCGUAAAGUCCAAUAUGGGCCACGCAGAGCCGGCAUCUGGAGUCAGUGCACUGGCUAAAAUGAUCAUCGCAAUGGAGGAAGGCAUUAUACCAAAAAAUUUGCACUAUCGCAUACCAAAUCCAGCUGUACACGCUCUGGUUGAAGGCCGACUCAAAGUUGUCGAUCGCAAUCUCCCCUGGCAGGGAGGCAUUGUUGGCCUCAAUUCGUUUGGUUUUGGCGGUGCCAAUGCUCAUGUUAUACUCAAAUCAAACUGCAAAAACAAGAACCCACCUUCCAAGGAACACUUUUUCAACAUUCUUAUCUGUUCAGGUCGCACAGAUGCUGCAGUUCAGCAGCUACUGGAGGCUGCGAAUAAACAUCGCCAUGACAACGAGUUUCUGGCUCUCAUCAACGAGAUUCACUCACAGCCUAUUCCACUGCAUCCGUAUCGCGGAUUCGCCGUGAUAAACAGUGAGGGUACAUGCAAUCAGGAAAUACUACCAUAUGAAGGCGAAGUGCGUCCCAUUUGGUUUGUGUAUGCCGGUAUGGGGAGCCAGUGGGCCAGUAUGGCGAAAGAUCUUAUGCAACUGGAGGUUUUUAAUAAAUCAAUUCAACAAUGUGCUAAGGUACUUGCCCCAAUGGACUUUGAUCUAAUUGAAGUACUUACCCGUUCAACAGACAGAACUUUUGACAAUAUGCUCUACUCAUUCGUGUCAAUUGCUGCUGUCCAAGUGGCACUCACAGACCUACUUAAGGCACUGGACAUCAAGGCUGACGGCAUCAUCGGACAUUCUGCCGGUGAACUAGGUGCUGCCUAUAUGGAUGGUUGCCUAUCAGCUGAACAAACAGUACUUGCCGCCUACUGGCGUGGCAAGAGCGUCUUGGAGACUCCGGGUCUGCCUCAGGGUAAAAUGGCAGCUGUGGGGCUACCAUGGAUUGAGGUUAGUAAAUAUAUACCAGCAGACUGUUAUCCAGUGUGCCACAAUAGUGAUGACAAUUGUACAGUGUCGGGACCUGUAGCUUCAAUGGACACCACUAUUGAGAGACUGGAAGAUGCGGGUGUUUUUGUUAGGGCCGUUGCGUCAGGCGGGUAUGCCUUCCAUAGCAAAUACAUUGCGGAUGCUGCUCCAAUGCUUCGCAAGAACCUUGAGUCCCUUAUAAAGGCUCCCAAGAAGCGUAGUCAGCAAUGGCUUAGUACGAGCGUACCUGAACGGGAUUGGCAGACACCAGCGUGUCGCACAGCUUCUGCAGCGUACUUUAUUAACAAUCUAAUAUCUCCAGUGCUAUUUAAUGAAGCCAUACGACAUAUACCUAAAAAUGCCUUGAUUGUGGAAAUCGCCCCUCACGGACUCUUUAGAGCCAUUCUUCGAUCGCUUGCACCCAGCAUACGAUAUGUUAGCCUUAUGCAGCGAGGACAUGUAAACAAUGUCGAGUUUCUGCUAAGCCAAGUUGGCCAGCUAUAUGCCGCCGGCGGGCAGCCCCAGGUGUUAAAGCUGUCUCUCUCACCGACCUUUUGCUAUCCGGUCUCAAGGGGCACGCCGAUGCUGAACUCACUUGUAGGUUGGGACCACACGCAAAAGUGGAGCUACCCAAAGUUUCGCGGCGGGAGACAGGCGGGUCAACAAAGCAUUGAGCUUGAUUUGAGCAAGGAGGAGAACUUUUUUCUCACCGGACACACAAUCGACGGACGCAUACUUUUUCCGGCAACAGGAUAUUUAACAAUGGCUUGGAUAAUUUUGGCCCAACAACAAGGGUGCGAUUACCAACGCACAGCAGUUGUCUUUGAAGACGUUACAUUUAAUCGAGCCACAAUUCUUGGACAGGGCGCAGGCGCAGCAGUUAAACUCUCGAUCAGUUUCUUCCAAGGCUGCGAUCGCUUUGAGAUCUGUGAAGGAAAUAGCCUCGUAUCUGCAGGCAAGAUAAGGUUAACUACGAAAGCUCAGCACGAGCAAUUGUCUCUUUCGCCCCUUCCUGGAAGUGCAGGGCCAGCAAAACUCGACACCAAGGAAGUUUACAAGGAGCUGCGAUUGCGUGGUUACGACUAUAGCGGCGUAUUUCAGGGAAUAUUGGACUCGGACAUUGCGGCAGUUACAGGUCGUCUUCAGUGGCUAGAUAACUGGAUAAGUUUUAUAGACAGCAUGCUGCAAUUCCGAAUACUUAGCAACAAUAUACGCGAGCUUUACGUACCCACUAGCAUCGAGCGCAUCGUAAUCGAUCCUCUCCACCACUUGGAGCUAACUAAGCACCAUCAAAACAAGAUACCCGUGUAUUAUCAUCGGAAUAUUUCAGUUGUGAAAUGCGGUGGCAUCGAAGUGCACAAAAUAAGAACAACGCAAUUGCAGCGUCGCUCCGGCGCUCACAGGGAACCCAGCCUAGAGCGCUAUAGUUUUGUGCCGCAUGUGCAUGUGGCAAGUUCCCAUGAGGAUCAGCAUUUGGCUAAACUUAUGACGCUAACAGCUGCCAUCCAGCUUAUUAUUGAAAACAGUGGGACAGCGAUAAAGAUAAAGGGCGUCGAAAUUGCCGGCUCGCGGAAUACUCCAGAUACUCUUAAUUCUCCAAAACUUCUUGAGCUCAUUGAGCGCGAACCCGUUUUAGUGGGCGACAUAGCUGUAGCCCUGCCCAAACCCGACUCUAACUUUGAGUUGACUGACUGGCUAAGCAAGUCUGGCAUUCGCGUGAUUGAAGGUGAUCUAUUAUCGGGAGUAUCAGAACGGCAAUUUAAUUUUGUUCACGCCCUUGACCUAAUGACUCUGCCUGUGUCAGGUAAACUUCAACUGCAGCCUAUCAUAGAAUCAAUCAAAGCGGAUAACGGCUUUCUACUAAUUGAGGAAAGCGCUAGUGCCUACAAAACCAAUGGUCGAAAUAUAUUUGAAAUUUUGAACCUAUCGCCAGUUAUGGAGAGAUCUUAUGGCAAUGAUCGUGUGUUGAUCUUAGCAAAAAAAUUAACCAUCAGGGAUUAUAAUAAUUCGUUGGUGAUAGCUGUGACUAGUGAUCACUUUAAAUGGGUUCCAGAGCUCAGAAGUGCGCUGGCCAAGUCCCAAGCAGAGCAGAAGUUUAUCUACUUAGUGGGACAAAGUGACAUGAAUUCUGGGGCUUUAGGUUUUAUGAACUGUCUAAAACGCGAACCCUACGCUCAACGGGUCCGUCUCUACCUACUGUUAGACGAGGGGGUCCCUCCAUUUUCAUUAACCGAACCCUUUUACGCUGAUCAGCUGCAGCAGGACUUAAUGUUAAAUAUUUAUCGAAAUGGAAAUUGGGGCAGCUACCGACACUUGCCGAUAGAUACCCAUCAACCGCUUCUCACCGUGGAGCAGGCAUAUGUGAAUACACUUAUCAAGGGCGACCUCUCCUCUCUGAAAUGGAUUGAGAGUCCACGCAAUGCUACACAAAGCAUUAACAACAGCAAAUUAGAGCCUUGCCUGGUUUAUUAUGCACCCCUCAACUUUCGCGAUGUCAUGUUGGCGACUGGAAAGCUAAGUGUUGACGCACUACCAGGAGAUCUGGCUCACCAAGACUGUGUUUUAGGUCUAGAGUUUGCGGGCCGCGACUCACAUGGAAAUCGCGUCAUGGCCAUGGUUUGCGCGAAAUCGCUUGCUACUAACUGUUUUGCCAACAAGAAUAUGCUAUGGCAAAUUCCGGACAAGUGGAGCAUGGAGGAAGCCUCAACUGUGCCCUGCGUCUAUGCUACCGUCUACUAUGCGUUGGUCGUGCGUGGCCAAAUGAAGAAGGGCGAGCGCAUCCUUAUUCACGCCGGCUCUGGCGGUGUUGGACAGGCUGCCAUUUCAGUGGCUCUGCACCACGGCCUGACGGUCUUCACAACCGUGGGAAGCAAGGAAAAGCGUGAGUUCUUGCUAAAGCGCUUUCCCAAGCUGCAGGCGCGUAACAUUGCCAACUCGCGUGACACUUCCUUUGAGCAAGUCGUUUUAAGCGAAACAAACGGAGAAGGAGUUGAGCUGGUCCUAAACUCACUUUCAGAAGAGAAGUUACAGGCAUCUAUUCGGUGUUUGGCUCUAAACGGACGGUUCUUGGAAAUAGGAAAGUUCGACCUCAGCAAUAACAGCCCGCUGGGCAUGUCCGUCUUCCUCAAGAAUACCUCAUUCCAUGGCAUCUUGCUUGAUAGCGUAAUGGAGGGAGGAGGUAAGAGAUGCCAGAAGUUAGGUGGUGUCGCUUGGUUGGCCGAAGGCAAUCCAAAAAUGGUGGCUGUGGUGCAACGCAUUGCCCAUCACUCGGUAUUUACACGACCAAGGAGAGUUGAGCAAGGCAUUUCCGCUAUUAUGGCCUCUGGUAAGCACAUUGGCAAAGGUUGGUCAAUCAAGGUGCGUGAACGAGGAAGCAUGGCAGUCAAAAACGAUGCUGCCGAAAGACCGCGUCUCAUUGGUGCCAUUCCUCGGACCUAUAUGCACCCAAGAAGAGCUUAUAUAAUAAUUGGCGGUCUAGGAGGCUUUGGGCUAGAACUAACUCAAUUGGCUGGUGUGACCCGUGGUGCACGUUAUAUUGUCCUUAAACCGACUCAUGAUACCGACGGUGGCACGGACCGCGGAGUAAAGGUGGUCAUCGACACCAAUGAUUCGUGACCACGGCGGCUUAUUGGCUGCUAAGAAAGUUGCUCGGAAAGCAGCCAACAAACUAGCAUUAGGUUGGGCGGCAUCUUUAACCUGGCCGCAGUGAUCAAGGACGCAUUAUUUGCGGAGCAAUCUGUAAAGAACUUUGAGCUAGUGACAGCCCCAAAAAUAUUAGCUACAAAGCACUUGGACUAUCUAUCUCGUAGCAUGUGUCCAUCCCUGGAACACUUUAUCUGCUUCUCUAGCCUGGCCUGUGGCAGAGGUAAUAUUGGCCAGACCAACUACGGACUAGCAAACUCUGCAAUGGAGCGCAUUUGUGAGCAGCGACAGGUGGAAGGAUACCCCGGCACAGCCAUACAGUGGGGUGCCAUUGGGGACACCGGGCUAAUUAUGGACCUAAUGGGAAACAACGAGACAAUUGUUGGUGGUACCCUGCCUCAGCGGAUGACUAGCUGUCUCGAAACUCUCGAUGCAAUUAUGCAGCGACCGCAUCCCGUUAUGUCAUCUAUGGUUCUAGCUGAGAAGCGCAAGACAGAGCAGUCUAACAGACAGAGUUUAAUCUUGACUAUAGCUAAGAUAUUGGGGCUGCGUGAUGUGGCCAACAUUCAGGAUAAGACAACAUUGUUUGAGCUUGGCAUGGACUCACUUAUGAGUACGGAGAUUAAGCAGACAUUGGAGCGAAAUUUCGAUUUAGUUCUGUCAGCACAAGAGAUUCGCCAGCUGACUUUUAGCGCACUCAAAAAGAUAGACUCCCAGGGGGCACAGAGCUCGGAUUCUGUAUUAGGUACGUUGUCGUCAGCAGCGGAUCCAAGCAAAACGAAAGCUGCAUUUCAGACCGGUCAAACUACCAUUGCUCAGACAGAUGAGACCCGAAAGGUAUUCGCCAAGGAAGUAUUACCCCAAAAUGUGCUUGUGCGUUUGCAGUCAAAAGCGACCAAGUCAUCCACUGAACCCGCUGUUUUCUUUCUGGCACCAAUCGAGGGCUUCACAAUAGCUGUGGAAGCACUCGCUGCUUCCCUGAACCUUCCAGCUUAUGGGCUUCAGUGCACGGAACAAGUACCGCUAGACUCAAUAGAGGACUGCGUAGCCUAUUACAUCCAGCAAAUACAGAAGCUUCAGCCGCAUGGACCCUACAACAUUGUAGGCUACUCAUACGGCUGUCUUCUGGCUCAUGCCAUCGGAGUAGCAUUGGAGCAGCGUUGCUUUGGCGUUAAGGUAAUUAUGCUGGAUGGUGCGCCUACUAUGGCCAGUGGCUAUGUGCAGGAGGCUAAGAAACAAACCGACGAUCUUAACCGUCAACAGUCAAUGACAUUGGCAUACUUUGGAGCGUUGCUAGCUGAUGUUGACUACAACCAGCUGCUGAAACUCCUCGAUGGCUUCAAAACAUGGAUGUCAAAGCUCGACAAGCUUGCUGAUACUCUUGCGUCCCACACUCAACAAUCCAAGGAUGUGAUUAAAAAAGCAGCCUGCAUGUUUAAGCAAAAGCUUAUACUCUCAGAGAGCUACAAAGGAGCUAAACAACUUCAGAGCGAUGUAGUUCUUAUUAAAUCUGCGGAACACAAUGCGAUAAUGGCACAGGACUAUGGACUUAAGGAAAUCUGCAGCGCACAAAUAGAUAUGCAUGUUGUAGCGGGUACACACCGGACAUUCCUUAAGGAGGCUCAAACGUUAGAAAUCAUCGAGCAAGUCCUCAACAAACAGACAUCGUAAUGCCGAACUGCAAAUUGUUUUUAGUUUUACGCAUAUACAUAUAUUUGUAUGAACAUAUACAUGUAUGAACAUAUACAAA